CUCCCCCGACCGUGUUUCAAAGACAAACGAGUUUUCAGCAUGCAGAGGAUACCCAAGAGGGUUAAUAAACAGGCUGAAGUAUUCUCCUCCUCCGCCCAAGCGCCGCCGCGUCUCACCGGCGACCAGGAAUACUCCGUCAUGGUCACCGCCCUGAAGCACGUCAUAGAUGGCAGCGCGGCCGCCGCCGCAAUGGAGUCCAAUUUUGAUCGCGACCUCCAUUUCGAGUCUCUCUCUGCCGCCUCGACCUCGACGGCACGAACAGAGGUGCCGCCGGUGUUCCGCGUCCCGGAAGGACAGACGUGCCAGUUCUGCGAGAUCAAGGGGUGUUUAGGCUGCAACUUCUUCGGCGCGGCGCCGGAGAUUGCCGCUGCCGCCGAAGAUAAGAGGAAGAAAAAUGCGGGUAAGAAGAAGAAGAAGAAUUACAGGGGCGUGAGGCAGAGGCCGUGGGGGAAAUGGGCGGCGGAGAUUCGAGACCCGCGUAAGGCGGCUAGAGUCUGGCUCGGAACUUUCAACACCGCGGAAGAAGCCGCCCGCGCUUACGACAGAGCCGCCAUCGAGUUCAGAGGCCCGCGAGCCAAGCUCAAUUUCUCCUUCGCCGAUUACACUUCAUACGCGCCGCCGGAGCAGAGUACUUCAAGCGUUUCUUCAUCUCAUCCUCAUCCUCAUCCUCCUCAGCCGCUGCACCUACAACAACAACAAUCGCAGCACGAAAACAUGGGAUUCGUAGGAGGUACGAGGAAGGAAAAAGAACUCUGGGAAUUCGCCGGAGACCAAGAUUUUCAGGACUUGAUGAUGAUGAUGGAUUUCAACGCCGACUCUUCUGAUUCAGCCAGCGGAAAUCUUCACAGCUUUUAGAAAAACAAGAUGACAAGAGAAAGAGCUCUGUUUUCUCAGAUUUUUUUAAAAAAAGGCAUCCGAUUUUACUUUUACAAAAUUUGGUCCAUCUGUACCAAAGAGACAUAAUUCAGACAAUUUUGAUUAAAUUUUAUGUAA